GUGCAAAUGGGCGACCAUAAGAACGCCUUCCCCAUCUUUGCCAAGUUGCAGGAGAGCGGAGCGCAGGAGACGGUGGUGCUGCUGGCGUGGCGUGGCAUGGCGCAUGCCUUUGCAGAGCACUAUGAGGAAGCACUCAGUGAUUUCGACAAGGCUCUAGAACAGGCUCCCAAGGCAGGGCAGAUCCUCAGGCAACGGGCAUCGGUGCUUGGGAUUAUGGGCCGGCACAAGGAGGCCAUUGCUGAUUGGACGGCUGUGAUUGAAAUGGAUCCAAACGAUGCCACAGCCAGACAGGAACGAGGAGCGGCAUAUGUGAACGCCAAUGCCUAUGCAAGUGCCCUGCCGGACCUCUACGCUGCCAGGGCCAUGGCCCCCCAGCUCUUCAAACCCCAUCUUUUCCUGGGCUUGGCCCUGACAGCAACAGGGGCACCCUUUGACGCAGUGAAGAGCUACGAGACGGCCAUGGCAAUGAACCCCGAUGUGAAGGAGGGGUGGACGAAUUGGGGGCAGACAAUGAAGGAGAUCGCCAUGUUCAACGAGUCGGAGCAAUGCUAUAAGCGUGCCCUGGGGGUGGAUAAUGGCUUCCUGCUGGCAUACAAGCUCUGGGCGAAGCUGAGGCACGCUGUGGGCGACCACAGCGGAGUGAUCCGGUUGCUGCAGGAGGGGCUGAAGCACCACCCGAACAAUGUGGAGCUGCGAUACUUUGAGGCCUCCUGCUUCCAUGCCACGGGGGACUUCUCACAGGCCGUGAGGCUCUACGACAGCAUUCUCUCGCUGCAAACGUCUGGAGAUGAGAGGUUCCAGUACCUCGCGUUCUACCAGCGUGAGAUAGCGGCAUACAUGGCAGUGAACGUGAAUUCGCCCUUCUCUCACUUCAGCCUUGACGACCACUUCAACCGCGUCUUUAAGGAAGGCUGGGCCAACGCACAAUUCCCGGGUCACCUUCCCUCGAGGGGAUACCAGAUGCAGGACAUUCAGGCAGUGUUCCGCGUGCAGCGGCAGCAGCACCGGCGCAAGGGGGAGAAGCGAUUCGAGGCGAACCGAGCGGCGCUGCUGAAGCAGGCUGAUGCAAUUGGCCGGCUCGUUCAGUACAACACCACUGGGUUCCUUGGUAACGUGCGGCAG